AGUGAUGAUGAUGAAUACAUUGGAAAGUUUUUUGGCCCCGGCGAGGGUGUCAGAUUGAAUGGCCUGUGCGCAUGUGCGAAGGUGUCCAAACUGACAAUGCUGGUGAGAUGAAGAUAGUGUUGUUGCUGCUUCUGGGCUCACGGAGGACGACGAGAGGAAUCUACAAGCCGACAAGAUGAGAUCCAAGGCGAGGGCGAGAAAACUGGCCAAAAAUGACAGUGAGCCAGUGGAAAGCAUGUAUGACACAGAGGCUGACCUCCCGGGUUUAGCGGCUGGCAGUGGAGGUGGUGUCGACAGCCCAGAAGAUGACGCAGAAGACGGCAUCAUCAACAUGUCCCCCCUACCCUCACCGACUCCUUCCCAUCCAAACAACAACCACCACCACCUGCUGCACCCCCACAUCUACGCCACCCACCACCACCACCACCUUCACAACAGCAGCAACAGCAGCAGCAAUGACCAGGACUUCACCACACCCAAGGAGGGCUCGCCCUACGAGGCACCUGUCUACAUUCCAGACGACAUUCCCAUUCCCAGCGACCUGGAGCUGCGGGAGUCCUCGGUGCCGGGUGCCGGCCUAGGUGUUUGGGCCAAGACUCGCAUUGGUGCUGGCGAGAGGUUUGGUCUGCACAGCACACUGCAUCAUGGGGCAACGAGCAAAGACAGCUCCUUUGGAUGGGAGCAGAUGAUGAAUGACCAUGAAGAAGCCUCCCCUGACAGCUGCAUCAAGAAGGUGGUGGACGACAUGGGCAACAUCAAGUUUGCGCUGGACACAGGCCCGGACGCCACCAGCAACAGCUGGCUCAAAUAUGUCCGCUCUGCCCUGUCAUUUGAGGAGCAGAAUCUCGCUGCCUGUCACCUCACCGGAGACCAGAUUUAUUAUAAAGCUGUCCGGGACAUUGAAGCAGGGGAGGAGCUUUUAGUGUAUAUGAAGGACGGUAUUUUCCCCGAGGGAUCCAUGGCACCCAACCUACAAGAGGAGCAGAUGUACCGCUGUGAAGACUGUGAUGAGCUGUUCUCCUCCACACUUGAGCUGCGGCGGCACCAGAAGUAUUCAUGCUCCAGUACCGGCUCCAUCUUUGACACACUGAGAGAAGACUUCAAACAGGAACGUGAGGACAGCGACGAGCCUGUCCAUGAGUGUAAAGACUGUGAGAAGAUCUUCCCAAAUGAGUACAGUCUGGGCCAACACAUGAUAGUCCAUACAGAGGAGAGGGAGUACAAGUGUGACCAGUGCCCCAAAGCCUUCAACUGGAAGUCCAACCUCAUCCGUCACCAGAUGUCACAUGACAGUGGCAAGCGCUUUGAGUGUGAAAACUGUGAUAAGGUACAGCAUACGCGGCACGUGUUCACAGAUCCCAGCAACCUUCAGCGCCACAUCCGCUCGCAGCAUGUGGGGGCACGCGCUCAUACGUGUCCUGAGUGUGGCAAGACCUUUGCCACCUCGUCAGGCCUCAAGCAGCAUAAGCACAUCCACAGCAGUGUCAAACCCUUUAUCUGCCCUGAUGGGCUACGUCUUUUUGCUCCCCCAGGCGAGGUGUGCCACAAAUCCUACACCCAGUUCUCCAACCUCUGCCGCCACAAGCGUAUGCAUGCUGACUGCCGCACGCAGAUCAAGUGUAAGGACUGUGGGCAGUUGUUCAGCACUACCUCCUCCCUCAACAAGCAUCGCCGCUUCUGUGAGGGCAAAAACCAUUAUGGUUCUCCAGCAGGGAUGUUCAACCCUGGCAUCCCCAUGAGCUCCAGCCCCAUCAUGCCCAAGGCCAAGUCCCACCAUCCCCACCUAGCAGGUCUAAACCAGUCAGGUUUAGGCUUCACUGACUACUUUCCCUCCCGACCUCACCCCCAUGCUGGCUUGCCCUUUUCCCCAGGACCCCAUGGCUUCCCAUCCCUCCCACAUGGUUUCCCAGGUAUCUUUCCCCCUUCACUGUAUCCGCGACCACCUUUAUUGCCAGCCAGUUCAUUGAUAAAGAGCCCACUGGGCGGCAGCAGUCAAGAGGUAAAGCUGCCUCGGAGUGCCCUAGAUGCUCCCCCGCUGUCCCUUGUUAGCUCCACAAACAGCAAUGGAGGCAACACUUUCAGUCAGCUGGAAGACAAAGAGAAAGAGAACAAACUGGAUUUGUCUUCUAGUGGAGAAGCCAAGCCAAAAUCUAAGAUGGUAGACAUGUCUGACGGUAGUGACCUUGAAGACGUUAAUACCACAAGUGGAACAGAUUUGGACACCACUACUGGUACUGCAUCAGGUGAUGGUUCUGACCUGGAGAGUGAUGGAGACAGUGAACGUGAGCGAAGUGGUAAAAGAAGGAAGCCAUCUGGGACUGUAUCAAGUCAAGAAGGCCACCAGUUAGAAGACACGAACAGUGCGUUGCUAUCAGCCGUGUCUAGUUCAGGGAACCUCACUAUUGAUCGUCCCUUUCUCUCGUCUGCAUCAUCCCACUCCUUCUUCCCUCCUCCUGAUGAGCAAGCCCUCCCGCCCACCUCCACAAAUGCCAAUGCAGCCAGCACAGAUUCCAUCAAAGCCAUUGCCUCUAUUGCUGAGAAAUAUUUUGGUCCUGGAUUCAUUGGUCUUCAUCAGGAAAAGAAGAUGGGUCCAUUGCCCUACCAUUCCAUGUUUCCUUUCCAGUUCCUGCCCAACUUCCACAACUCCCUCUAUCCCUUCAGCGCAGAUCGAGGUGCCCUCAACCCUAGCAUGUUCUUUAAAGCAGAGCCCAAGUCACCUCGUGAGCAACUGCACAAGAUGGUUUCUGGUGCCCCAGGAGCUCCUGCUUCCACAGCAGAGUCACCAUUUGAUCUCACUACAAAGCCCAAGGAGACCAAGUUAGCUCCUCCUACACCAACAAACCCCUCAAAUCCCAACAGUAGUACUGGGAGCAGUAGUGGACCUUUAGCAAUAUCUAGCAGUGAAGAACAGCCAUUGGACCUCAGCAUUGGCAGUCGGAGCCGAGGUGGUCAUAAUGGUGUGGCAGUUGAGCCACAGAACAGAAAGAACCACAUCUUUGGAGUUGGAAAGGGGGUCUCCAUCAAGGAUGAAACCCAUGCUGGGUUUCCACACCCCCAUUCCCAGUUAUUGCACCAAUCCUCAAUUGCCCAGCACCAGCAGACUCAGGCACAGCCACACCAGCCACCACCACUGCACUACGCCAAGCCCUCAGCAUUCUUCAUGGACCCCAUAUACAGCAGGGUGGAGAAGAGGAAGCUACUCGACCCUGUAGGAGCUCUGAAGGAGAAGUUCCUCAGGCCCUCGCCACCACUCUUCCAUCCACAGAUGUCAGCCAUGGAGAACAUGACAGAGAAACUGGAGAGCUUUGGCGCUUUAAAACUGGACGCGCCGCCCAAUUCACUGCAACACUCGGCUCAUCCACUUUUCAACUUCCGCUCACCACCACCUUCCCUCUCAGACGCCAUCCUCCGCAAGGGCAAGGAGCGUUAUGCCUGCAGGUACUGUGGGAAAAUCUUCCCUCGUUCGGCAAACCUCACCAGACACUUGCGGACACACACAGGGGAACAACCCUACAGGUGUAAAUACUGUGACCGCUCAUUCAGCAUCUC